GGGGGGAGGCCCUGCUUUACGAAGUGGGGAGGGGGGAAAUAGACGCCCCGGAGCAGCCAUGGAACCCAUGCACCAUCCCGCCCCCCACGCAAGAGCUCCUCCCCAUGGGCCUGUUUUCUGGACCUCGAGGAGACCCCAGUUGGAGAUGGGGGUGGGCAUGAGGCCCUCUUUUUUCGGUCUCUCUGGACUCCUCAGGGGUUGGGAGCCCAUGCAUCCCUCCCCAAGGAGAGGACGGAGAGGUUAAAGCCUCCCCCACCCCAGGGCCCAUCUUCUGGACCUUCGAAGGGACCCUCAUGGGAAAGAGGGAACAAGAUCCUCUUUUAUGCCUCUCUAGAAAUAGGGGGGGAUCAUGCGAAGUUUUGGGGGGGCUAUGGAAAAAACCCCUCCCCAGCACAUUAGGCUGGCGAGAGCCCCCAUGAAGCCCGUCUUCUGGAUCUUGAGGAACCCCAGCAGUAUCCUUUUCUUUCUCUCCCCCCUCCCCCCCAAAAUUCCCUUUCUUUGCAGGGUGGUGAAGGAGGAGAUCACCAAGGACAGCGCUCUCCUGCCCUGCUUCAAUGGAAGAGUUGUCUCCUGGCUGGUGUCUUCGGAGGUCCUCCCAUCCGAGCCGCCACCGCCCGCUCCUCCCGCUCUAGGCGAGGUCUGUCCGGAGCCUUCUCCUCCACCUCCUCCUCCGUUGCCAGUAGAAAAGUCCAGCGGCAUCGGCAAAUCCCGCCCUCCUUCCUUCCAGUUUCCUCCGCAGCCCAAACCUCUCAGGCAGCUGCGAGAACUUGGACCACGAAACCGAGUCCAUCGUGUCGCUGCGGAGAGAGCGGCCACGGCGCCAGGAGACCACGAAGCACGGAGGUUUAGCAGUUCCACGGUGCAGAGCAGCGCCUCGUGCCUUCUCAAAUGCCACUGUUGGAGGAGGAAGCAGCACCCACCGCAUCUUGAACGGACGUCGUCCUUCAGCAGCAUCACCGACUCCAUGUCGCUGAACAUCAUCACCGUCACUUUGAACAUUGUUUUUGGAGGGGCCGGCGGCCAACAGUCUACAACAAAGGCCCCCAAAGGGUGAAGGGAUCGUCAUCGACGUUGGGCGGCCACCCUCCGUGGCCUUAGAGUGGGCGGGAGACUGAUUUUGAACGUGGCAGAGAUAUAAAGCAUCUUGUUUGCCUCUUCACUUCCUUGGAAAACCCACCAAGAUCAUUUUUUAAAAAAUAAAUAAAUCCCUUUUUGGGAAAGAGGACAAGCUGCUCCUAUCCACUCUGCCCACUCAUUUCAAGCGGGGGGGGGGGGGGGGGGAUUGAACAGACCUAGAUCCUUUAGAAGAGGAGGUGUUUGCAUCUCUCAUGGGGUGGCCUCAGAGUCAGGCUGACAAACCCACCCCUCGCAAA